AUAAUGAGUAGUUAUUUAUGAUGCAAGGUGAUUUGUAAAUUAGUGAGUCAGCAGCCACCUGCACUGUCGGCUGCAAAGUCGAACGAGCCCAAUACCAAACCAAUCAGGUGUUCGACGAAAUGAUUCUUCAGACGUCAUUGAUCACGUGCUGCUGAUAAAGGGACACUGCUUUGAAUUAUACCGCUUAGCGACUUCAGUACAUGCCUCAUAGCUUCAGUCUCAAACUUAACCCCGUUCCUGCUGAAGAAGAGGAGGUCUGCUGGAUGGAGAAGGAAGCUCUCGUGAAAGAGGAGGAGGCUGUUACAAUAUAAAAACAAGUAGAGGUUGAGGCUGUUACCGUGAAAGAAUAAGAGAAAGACGUCUCAGUUAAAGAAGACUCGUUCAGAAUGAAAGAGGGCGACGACGUUUCAGUGAAAGAAGUGGAGGGGGAGGUGACUGUGUCAUCGAACAAUGAAGAAGAGGAGGAAACUGGAUAUCUGGGCCCGGUUUCACAAACGCAUCUUAAGGCGUCCGAUGGAUCUAACGAUGAACAGGCCCUGAUUAACACUAGAGAGAGACCUGACUAUCGUGGAUCCUCUGGGGGGCCUCAACAACCUCAUGAUGCUGACCGGGCAGAGAAGAGACUCUCCAAAUCAAAACACCUCAAGAAACACCAGCAGAGACCCACAGGGAAGAAAUCUCAUUGCUGCUCUGACUGUGGGAAAGGUUGCAAAUCUUCAUCAGAACUUAAAAUACACCAGAGAACACACACAGGAGAGAAACCUUAUAGCUGUGAUCAAUGUGGGAGGAGUUUUGUUCAAGCUAGCCAUCUGACUAAACACCAGAGAACACACACAGGAGAGAAACCUUAUAGCUGUGAUCAAUGUGGGAGGAGUUUUACUACAUCUAGCGGUCUGACAGUACACCAGAGAACACACACAGGAGAAAAACCUUAUAGCUGUGGUCAAUGUGGGAGGAGUUUUAAUACAUCUAGCGGUCUGACAUUACACCAGAGAAAACACACAGGAGAGAAACCUUACAUGUGUGAUCAAUGUGGGAGGAGUUUUGUUAAAGCUAGCCAUCUGACUCAACACCAGAGAACACACACAGGAGAGAAAUCUUAUAUGUGUGAUCAAUGUGGGAGGAGUUUUGUUCAAGCUAGCCAUCUGACUCAACACCAGAGAACACACACAGGAGAAAAACCUUAUAGCUGUGGUCAAUGUGGUUGGAGUUUUACUACAUCUAGUGAUCUGACAUUACACCAGAGAAAACACACAGGAGAGAAACCUUAUAUGUGUGAUCAAUGUGGGAGGAGUUUUGUUAAAGCUAGCCAUCUGACUCAACACCAGAGAAGACACACAGGAGAGAAGCCUUAUAGCUGUGAUCAAUGUGAGAAGAGUUUUCCUACAUCUAGCCAGCUAACUUCACACCAGAGAACACACACAGGAGAGAAACCUUUUAGCUGUGAUCAAUGUGACAAGAGAUACUCUGAUAAAAGAUCUCUGAUCAAACAUCAGAAAAUACAUACAUGA